GUUGAAAAUCAACAACAAGUAGGUCAAGAGCAUCAAGGACAUGGAGACAAAAAUGACGAUCAUCAAAGUCAUGUCCUCGUGAAGGAAACAUCUUCAAUCUCACCAGCAUUGAUAAGGCCAACAAAGUACGAACAUCAGGGAGAUGAUGUUGUUGAUCCUAGUGAAGCUGAAGAUGUUUCACCAGAAGAAAAACUUGCGGAGCUCCAGCGAAUCGCCUACUCUUCGCCUCUCAAAUACCUCUACCUGAACACGUUCAAAAGCGCACAAGUCAAUGCCUUGAUGCAGCAAUGCAAGGAACAUGAGCAGCCAGGAGGUGGUCCUUGGAUGAAGAAGAAUAUCAACCUAUAUGAUCUGAAAUGUGUAGUCAACAUACUCAGCAACUUAGCUGCUUUCCCACUUAUAGUUGCUAGCUAAUUUGUUCUUGAGUAUGGGUACAUCUAUUUCUGUCAUAACCUACCCUGGCACGUGAUGUCUGAUUGGCUAAGCAAUGACGGCAUUGUGGCCGGAAUUUUUACCAUUGUCUCGAUCUUGGGCAGCGAGCAGCUUUUCACCUGGGCUGUUGAGGGAUAUGGCCAUGCAAAGCGCUUCAUUCGUAUUCUGGAUGACAUGAACAUACAACAAUGUGGAGACAUCAUUCCCGCACCGAAAAUGAUAGAGUUGAUAUUUUUAGUGCUGUUUAGACGUGGAGGUGAAGAGCAGCAGGAGGAUGGUGCCUUUUCUUAAGGGUUUCCGAAUUACAUCCCUCACUGCCGUCCUUGGCUCCUUUUCAAGGGAAGUAGAAUAGGCCAAGGAUGUUCUGAAGAAUGCAACUCGGCAGCCUUUAACUUUCAGCCGGAGACCCAGCCACGACAAGGACCUACUCGACGGGGCAAGAGCGUCUACGUCUUGCAGCUAGUAGAGAUCAACAAGGUGGUAAUUAUGGCAUAAUGAGUCGAGCGACUUGUUCUGGGCCUGGAGGUGGAAAUCAGUUGAGCAAAAGCAGAUCCCUUGUUGUGGCUGAUGGCGGGAGAGAAGAGACAACUUAUUAUCACUCACGUGCUGGUGGUGGAUCUGUUUCUGGUUCCUCCAUGGCGUUUCACAGCUGCUACGGAGAUGAGCGCAUAUCACUAGCUUCUCCUGCUCCGGCUCUCCGCGGAAGUGUCGGCGCGUCCAGGGUAGACUUUGGAGAUCAAGUAGAACUGGCACCACCAGAGCCGGAUGAAUCGACCCAGGCACGACGAGCAAACCUUGUUGUGCAGUCCUCAGCUACUGCCUCAUCUCCUGUGGACGUUGUACAGGAGAAUCAUAGUGGAAUGUUCUUUGUAAAGAACGCUACUCAAGCAGACUACGAGAGGGUUUAUCAAGUUUUCAAGGGCUUGAUCUAUGGAAACGGUCUCGAUUCGGAUGCUUGCAAGGAGCUUUUGUCUAAGGCUUUCCCGGUUUGGUACACCAACAACGCGUUUGAUAUUGACCGUGGCUUGCGCAUUAUCAACCGAAUUGCGAUUCCAGUACCCAUGCCGCCUAUCGCGCCUUCGCGAGCUCUGGAUAGCAACUUGGCGUCUCCACCACUGCAGGCGUGGCUAGAUAAGUUGCCGACAGCGGGAGAGCUGUAUCGGCAAUGCGACAGUGAUGCUACAAAUAGAAUUUUUAAGGCUCCUAGUCCUAAUCCAUCUCGUGAAGCAUGAUCUUCCUAGAGUGAUUUUUUAAGGACAAAAGAGGUCCAGGUCCAGGACGUUGAAGCCCAAGAUGGAUCAUAAGAGCGAGCUCUAAUAGAAGUAGUACGAAAACAGGGAGGACCACUUGUAGUAGUUCCAGCAAGACAACCACUAGUUCUCCUGUUCUGACUGCUGUCGUCGCGUUAGCUCCCUAUCUUUCCCGUGCGCAGUUGCAGUACCUGGUGGAGCAUGGCUUCAUCGCCGCCAACGCGGGUAGCACAGAACAAAAACACCGACUCAGCUACGUUUUGCAUUUGAAGAAAGUUUUAUCCACCAUCGUGGAUGACAUUGGCGGCAAUUCUUUACUCCCGCAGACCCAUGGCAUCGCGUUUCUGCUUGGCGAUACGUUGAAAAGGAGUGCCUCAUUAGGCGAACAUCAAGAAAAGCAGAAACAUCGAUCCAAUGCGAAUUCAGAUGCAACCUCGUUAACUUCAUGUUCUAGCAAGAACAUUGUUUCAGUUUUUGGGAGUUCUCUUCUCGGACCCGAAGAUAUGGCUGGCCUUUUGAGGGCCAUUCUAUCCGCGCCAAGCUUUGGGCAUUUUGCGCAACGAGCUCUCAGAACCUUGAUGGAACUGCUUCAGAGGCAACCGCUGAUUUUUGUGCGAGGCGUCUUUUACGAGCUGUCGCUGAACGGCAGUCAAAGGGUGCUGGCGGGAUUGUUGAUGUUACGAUAGAAGACUGGUGGUCGUGGGUAGAAGUACUUACAACAAAUCGCUGCUAGAAUAAUUUUUGGAAAUUGGAAAUGUUCGUCCCUUGUUGUAGGAGGUGUCAGAUGAAAAGUCUUCUUCUCUCUACUAGGUAGAGUAGUUCUUGUACUACCUGUGCAUUAUCUAGUGAACAAGCGUACUCCAACUCCUACUCCACCUCUAAUCCUCCGCCUCCUCGAAGCGCCUCAGGAUUGUUUUCGUGUUGAGGUGGACUAUCACGGUAUGCUUGCGAGCAUGCUGGACAUCCAUAGUAUCCCGAAGCGUGGAGACUAUUAAGGGUUGAAACAUUUCAUUUCUACAUGCUCUUCUGCCUUGUAUGCGCCCAAGGUUAAUAGCCCCUCCAAUCAAUUUGUACAUGCUCUUCUCCCUUAACUAAGUACAUUGCUAGCUAGAAAUGAAAGGCCGCUUCAACCUUUUUUAAGACCACAUGGCUGGCGGAAAGUAUCAACGGCGUAGCUACUACGAAGCGAUCUACCGUAUCGCGGCCAACCUGAUCGAUGAAAGUGACGAUUAUCUUGCUUUCAAGCAGCAUUUGACGGCAAAUAUUCAGGAAGAUGGGGGAGCAGUAGCAGAUGAGGAGCAUGAGGAAGAGGAAGAGGCGCAGGGAUGUGCAACGAGUGCAAAAGAUGAAGGAACUACGCAUGGUAGUCCAGUUGUUCGCUCAGAUGCAAAAUCUGGCACAGUUGCUCUUGCUGCAGCUACGAACACAAGCACUACCACCACCUCCACCAGUAUCAAGAAGAUAGCAGCAGUUGUAUCGAAUUCUUCAUAUCGGAGCCAGUUCCUCUUAACAAAUAGCGACUUUGCUGACCUAUUACAGGCAGCACUAGCUGCUGUAGUGCAUGCAGAUAGGGUCGGAUGCGCGUGGCUACGAAAUGCAACGAGUACAACCAGUCAGGAAUCUAGAACUACUUCGACCAGUUCGCCCAGUACUCCUCUUAAAUCUCCGUCUUCUACAAGUACUACUCCAACCCGUCGCGCCGUGACCGCCGCUUACAGACAAGCUUUCGACCUCUGCCGCGAAGCAGUCUCAAGAGACAAGCGAGCCUUGAUUCGUGAAACCUGGCUCAAAGACUUCUACGAACGAAACUAUGAAGCUCUAGUGAUUUUCAGCAUUGUCCGGAAUGUUGUGGACGGCACUGACCACAUUCGCAAGUGGAUUACCGUUCAACCGUGUUUUGAGGCUCACUAUUCCAAUGUUGGUCUACUUGAUGGGAAUGAAAAAAAGAAGGAUAAAAAGGAAGAGAAUUAUGUUGAGAUGAAUGGUACAACUGUAGACGUAGAGGGAGAUGAAGACGAAGAGCAAGCUGUUGUAGGAGCUGGAGUAAAGCCUGAAGAUGCAGAAAGAGCCACCGCAACCUACAAGCUCGGACUCUCGCCUGUGACCGGAGAACAACUAGGUGCUUCACCUCUUGGGCCGCACCCUGCAGCAGCGUCGAAAGGAACCACCACGACGACACCAUCUUCGAACCUGAAGAACGAAAACAACAAGUCCUCUUCUACGUCUGCUCUAUCUGCUCUCGACCAGUUUCAUGCAGACUUGAAAGAGUUGGAAAAGAGCCUGAUUCCUUUCUCCGCAAAUCCGCAAGAAGCAGAGGCACGGGUGAGGCGUCUCUAUCCAGAUGAAUCCUAUCGCAUGUGGUGGAAUGGGCCGUUACAGGAAAAAGAACACGACCAUCAAUGCCCGAGUUCGGUCCUCCGUACACAGCAAAUACUCCGUCGUCUUGCGCAUCUCUUAAGGCUCAGCUUUCAUUGGUCAUAGAGGUUGGUCACUGAAAUCGAAGAGGGCCCCCUUGAGAGAACGGGGGAAAAUGAAGGGGAAGGGGAGAGCCUUGGAGGGGGUCUCUUCCGUUCAGAGUCAGUGACCAAUAAAUGCAGGGCUUUAAAUUUCGCUAUUGAUGCGAACUAUUUCUACCAGUCUGACCGACAGUUGAUGCAUCUUGACCCGCUCGUCUUGGCAUUGAUCUAUGAACUGCCACCACUACCGGCAGCACCAUCUGCUGAAACAAGAAAUACAAAAACUCGUAAUCCUCUUGAAAAAUUCGCCAUCAUUUCCGGUAUGGGCGUGAUCACGGACGGGGAGAGUGGGCACGAGAUGAACAAGACGUUCGACAGGUUGUACAAGGAGUACAAAGUCCGAGUUUUCAGAUCUGAUACUGGGAUUGCGAGACACAUAGAGUACAACGCCAGCAGGAUCGAAACCGCCGUUGGGAAAGCGAUGUUAUGGCGUUCGCGAUGGUCAACAUUCAACAAGUAUUUCACAGAAGAUUAACAUUAUCCUGCUCAUCUUCAUCAUUGUAGCGCUACCUCGUCAUUCCCAAAGUUUCUCUAACAACAGCAGCCGGCGUCCGCCAUUGGGGAUGGAUCGGCUACAGUCAGGGUUGCGCCAACAUGUGGAAAGCCGAAUCGAACCUGAACACUGGGACACCUGAUAUGCGGAAAGCCCUCCAAGGUCUUUGCUGUCGCAAUCAGAUGUAUUCAGCGGCCAACGGUACACCAAUGGGCACAAGUUUGGAGUGGCGAGUCUCGGAGGGAAUUGCGGAGUUCGAGAUUUUCCUCAAGAAUUUGCAACUUCACAUCUCGAACAACCUGAACCGGGUUUUGAUGCAUUUGUUGUUAUGUUGAAGUUCCUUCACAUCUCGAACAACCUGAACCGUGUUUUGAUGCAUUUGUUGUUAUGAAGUUCCAGUGAGUAGGAUUAAGAGGUGUAGCUAGAGAUCUGCUUUCACGACUGCCCUAAUUCCCUCCAGCUUGCUUGCGAGCCGUGGCUUUGUUUUCCUCAUUGGCGGAUUGCAUUCGCUGAACAACAUGGCUUGUAUUCGAGGCUUGUGGCGUGGCGCGAAGCACAAAGCUAACGUCCCCACCCUCGCAGUGCGCGCAGUGAGUGAGCAGCACACCAUGCCUGAAGUUUUGACCUUCAUGUGCAACUAUCUGUCGACCGUGGCGAAGAAUGUACAACCCGAUAAGCGCAAGAGGGGUCCAGGUGUGAUUGAGAGGGAUGAAAGCUGUCCAUAUGAUUUUGGUGGAUUGCUGAAGAAGAUGAGGGAACGGGCCCCGGUGCCAUCAUCUGGGUCUGCUGCAGCUGCAGAGAGCGAGGAAACAACUACACCGAAGACGGUGGAUACUGAGACACCACUAACCACUCUCGAGCAGGUGAUGAACAGACGAAAGAAAAGAAGAGGAGAAAAGGAGGACUUCGUCUCGUGGGAUCAAAUGGUGGAGCCUGAUGGUGCUACGUGGCCGCAGGAGAAAGCAAUUACCACAACAGCAAAUACAACCGUAGAAGCACAGAAGUCGCUAUCGUCCAAGCCGACAGGAGAACCACAAGGAACAACAGAGAAAAGCUUCAACCCGUUUCUGAGUUUGAGACCUGCAGAACCGAUCAACCAUGACUCCCAAGUAACCGCUUUGGAAAGCGAAGGCUACCCCUGUUACGUUCGCAAUAAGAAUGGUCGAAUGCUCAAGCGCUGUGCUAUUCGCAACAUGCUGCAUCGUGGACAUCAUUGGGUGCCUUUGUUAUGUACCGUGUUGUACUAGUUGUACUCGUGGUAGUCGUGGCAAUGUAGUAUAGUUGUAGUCGUGGCAAUGUAGUUUUUCCAUAUAUAAUGAACUUGUAGUUGUGAUGUAGUAAGUUGUUAACAGAGAUGAAGAUGAUACUAGUACUUUAUAAGUAUCUAUCUUCAAGGCUGAGGAAGAGGAUACUCUGACUUCUUCUUCUUGGUCCUUGUUCUUCUUAUCAGCAAACGAGGUACGCUACGAUAAUACUCUAACAUCUCGCGAAAUCGAAACCGGUUUCGUGGAGACGGAUCUCGAUCGAGCGCGCCAGGUGUACCAAGGUCCCAUGGACAAGUUGGUCUUCCCUUUCGUCAUGGUAAACAGCAGAUUUGGUGUUAUUCCGCGAGAUGAGGAGGAGCAGCAGCAGGAGGAGGGGGAGGAGAAGGAAGGGAAAGAGGAGGAAGGGGAAGAGGAGAAAGGGGAAGAGGAGGAAGGGGAAGAGUUGAAGCGGUGAUAGAUUGGGUCCCUGAAGAACGCUACUCGUCUCCAUGGUUCUCACGAAGGAUCAUAUUAUAUUAGAUGCCACACAUUUAUUACAUUCAUACAUUUUCAUAGUUACGUGGUGCUCCUAAGUAAUGCUGUCACCAUUUGCUACAUCACUGAGUGAUGGUGGCGAGCUUUGCCAUCGUCACUAGAAUCUUCCUUACAGAUACCAUUGAUAGCAUAAUUCAGCAUUUUCCACUGAGUGGUCACGUAGAAGAGUCAUAGUACUCUCCGUUUAAUUGCUCAGUGAGACAUUUUUUGAAAAAUAUUGUUGAUAUUCGUUGAACGAAAAAAGACAAAAUACUGGGGGCCAGAAGUGUCCACUUUUCCGAACUACACAUCGAUGGCACUAAUUUCCAACUACAGAUGAUGAGCUAGAGAUUCAAAUUUCUAAGUUCAUUUUUGCUUACUUGUUCAUACUGAAUGCUUCUUUUGAUAGAUCAUAUUUUCCGUGAGACCGCUUGCCCUAUUAAUUUACACUUGUUCAUCACUUUAUUUCCAAUCGCUUGAUAACUCGUCGUGAUUGUUUGACGAAUCAGAGUAUCAAAAUGGGUGAAGAUUUUCUUCAAACACGAUAAUCUCUUCUUGUCAGAAUUUCUGAUCGGGGCACAAUAAAUUUGAGGAAUAGAUGCUAGCAAGGAUCCAAAGAUGCUUGCAAGGAGGCAAAGGCGUGGGCAACGAUCAUCCACAGCCACGAC